AUGGGCACACCUCCAGUCGUCGCUUUCUCCUCGCGACCCACAUGGGAAGACGAUAAUUGGGUGGUCCAAACAUCACGCGAGGACAUGCUCGAAGACUACAAAGACUGGAUCCCCGCCGUGCGCAAAAUCAUGGAGAACAUCCGGAAGCCCGAUAUCUGGGCGCUCUUCAACCACCCACCUACAUCAACAUACUAUAGCACGAAGCCACUGAUCUGCCUGGUGGGCGACGCGGCUCAUGCAUCGACACCGCAUCAAGGCGCAGGUGCAGGGAUGUGUAUCGAAGAUGUGUACAUUCUGAGCGAGUUGCUAUCGCAGUGUCAUGCGAAGACCGGUCUCGAUAAAGUCUUCGACGCAUACGACUCGGUAAGAAGGCCGCGCAGCCAAAAGCUGGUCAAAACGAGCAAGGAAGCCGGUAUGCUGUGGGAGUUCGAAGGAGAAGGUGUAGCCGACGAUUUGGAAGCGCUGCGGAUUAAUGCGCAGUCGAGGAUGGCUUGGAUUUGGGAUCAUGAGAUAUCGAGUGACCUGGAGAAAGCGAGACGCAUGAUGCAGGGUGGCUUGCCAGACACGCCAUAG